GAUCAUUCUUGAUUCCUUCGGCCCCUUAAUUUCCAAUAUCUUUCCCCUUCUCUCCCACUCUUUUGGAUCCCCCAAUCAUUCUUGAUUCUUUCUGAUCCCAAGAAAAACUCUGAAAUACCCAUAAAAAAUUCGUCCAAGAGAAACAAAAUGGCAAGAGAAAGAUUAGACCUUUACCUUCCCUUGGUACCGUUCUUUCUUGUGUUGUUUUUUGUGGUAAGCGAUGCAAAGAGAACAUCCACUUCUGUUGGAGUGAACUGGGGAACACUGGCAACGAACCAGCUUCCCGCAGAGAGAAUAGUAAAGAUGCUAAAGGAUAAUGGGUUCAAGAAGCUCAAGCUUUUUGAGGCCGACGAGAAGAUCUUGGCAGCUCUUAUUGGGACUGAUAUUGAGGUGAUGCUUGGAAUACCCAACUACUUCUUGAAGGAAUUCGCUAAUAAACCUGAGGCUGCUGCUGCUUGGGUAGACAGCAAUGUCACUGGUUGGUUCUAUGAUGGUGGUGUCAAAAUCAAGUACGUUGCUGUAGGAAAUGAGCCGUUCCUCAAGGAAUACAAUGGAAUCUAUCUGGAAUCCACAUUACCGGCACUGAGAAAUGUACAGAGAGCCAUUAACGAUGCGAGUCUUGCGCAAAAGGUCAAGGCCACAGUCCCCUUCAAUGCAGACGUUUAUGAAUCACCGGGCGUAAACGCCUUGCCCUCAGCCGGUGACUUCCGGUCGGAUGUCAAAGACGCUGCCAUUGAAAUAAUCCAGUAUUUGUCUCUCCACGAUUCCCCUUUCACCGUCAAUAUCUACCCUUUCCUCAGUCUCCAAGGAAACGAUCAUUUUCCUAUUGAGUUUGCUUUCUUUGAUGGCGAAAGCACACCGAUUAAGGACGGUGACCGGAUUUACACGAACGUGUUUGACGCGAACCUGGACACUCUGGUUGCGGCCCUGGACAAAAACGGAUUCUCCGAUGUGACGAUUAUCAUCGGAGAAGUUGGUUGGCCGACAGAUGGAGACAAAAACGCGAACACCCAGAAUGCAAGGAGAUUCAACCAGGGUUUGCUCAAACAUGCUAUGAGCGGGAACGGCACCCCAGCUCGGAAUGGCUCAAUCAACGUCUACCUCUUUAGCCUAAUCGACGAGAACGCCAAGGAUAUUAGUCCCGGAACCUUCGAGAGGCAUUGGGGAAUCUUUGAGUUCGACGGAAAACCCAAAUACGAACUGGAUUUAACCGGAAAGAAUGGAAACAAAGGUCUAGCUGCGGUGGAGGGGGUGAGGUAUCUGAGCAAGAAAUGGUGCGUUUUCAACCCAGACGCGACUGACCUCGAGGAUUUACCAGAUAGCAUCAGUUAUGCCUGCGCUCACUCCGAUUGCACUGCGUUGGGCUACGGCUCCUCCUGCAAUCACCUGAGCUCCGAGGGAAAUGCCUCGUAUGCCUUCAACAUGUACUAUCAAGUGAAUAACCAGAACGAUGGGAACUGUGAUUUCACUGGGUUGGCGACUGUGACGGGUGAGGACCCGUCGGACAAGGGUUGCCAGUUUCCGGUGAUGAUAUCUGACGGUUCUCCGGGGAUCCUGCGUCGAGGAGCUUUGGGUGUUCUUCUGAGGAUAGUUGGGGGAUGUUUCGUGUUUUUGCUUCUGUGUCUUAACUAACGAUUGCAUUUUUUUUUCUUUUUUAAAUCUUCUACUCGUAAUUCCGAAAAUUUUUAGUAA